AUUGUGUGGCCAAGCGGCAGGCAACCAGGACGUACGGCGUGUCAGUGUUUUAUUGAUUUUCGGCUAGUUUUUGACCCUUGUGGCGUCCGACCGGAGUGUAAUUCGAAUUUAAUUAGUCUACUUUUUCCGGCUAACAAAGAAAGUCUCGGUCGAAAGUUUUGAGGCGAAGGACGGUGUUUGAAUGUUAACCGAUUAGGUCACAGGAGAAAGAUCCGUUCAGUCAGUGAGUGGCGUUGGGCAAACGAGGUUUUUAAACAGGCAAAUCGCGAAUCCACACACUACCACCACAGUUGGCCGAUUUUGCAGCAGGCGCUGUUAUUCAGUGUGUUGCGUUGCAUCAGAACUGUCUUGUUGCAUCCACCGACGACAACGACGACGACGGUGAGCGCUGAUCGCUUCAAGGUAAAACGCGCGCGUCCGGUGAAUCAUUCCGUUGUGCGCUACUCUCGUUCGCUGUACCUUGUGUUGGUGCCUUCAACAUCCAAUUCGAUAGCCGCGGUCGCGGUGGUGUGCGUUCUCGUUUUGCGUCAGGCUGGCUUAGCUUGGGCUCCGGAGUAGUUGGCUUAAGUGCGCGCCCGCUAGUAAACGUUCGAGCGCGAGAAGGUAAAGUGUGGCGAAAUCUACGGCGCGAUCUGAAUCAGAGGGGGAAAACGCCCCAACUCAACAAGUGUCAACCACCAACCGAACCGCAUGUGUGGGAACAUCUCGUGUUCUUUCGCGUUAAACAUAUUUACUUUGAAAACAAGAUAUUAGAAGAAACAACAACCUACCCGAUUCAGAGUCAGAACGUGUCCGGGAAAAGCUGCUGUCUGUGUUUGCCGAAAAGCCCCAAAUUCCAAGAGUACACAAGGGCAGGGAGAAAAAAAAGAAAAUAUUUACUUGGGCGAAGAAAGUGUCGAAACAGGAAGUCGUGAAAGUGAGUGAGUGAGAAUCGUGAAGGAGCGUAUUUUUGGGCUGUGGAAUAAAAAACGCGUGAAGUGCUCUACCGUUCGUAAAGUGUCCGGCUGUAGUAGCAACAGCAGCGUAGAGGAAAAUCAUCUUCUGGUGGCUUGCUAAAGUCGAGAGCGAGAGCGAAAGAGUUGCCGUGGCUCCGCCGAAUCCCACCCCGUUUGAAGUGAACCGAAACUAAGCCGAAAUAAGAGUAACGAGCAACGGCAGAAGAAAAAAAAUCGAACAAAAUGGUAGACAAGCAGCGAUUCUUCCUGCCAUGCUUCGUGGUUUGCGCUAUUUUCUCAGCCAUCGUCACAGCCCAAACCAUUCGGGUGGACACCGACCCACAUGAAAUCAUCGUCACCGAGAACCAAAGGAACGUCAGCCUGACGUGUCGAGUCGGUCGACCGAUUCAGUUUUGCACAUUCACCCUGCCAAACCGAGACCAGCAGGUGGCGCUGGAUCCGAACCAACCGCCCCGCGAUGGACUCCAAUAUUUCGGUCAAGGUCUCCAAGCCGGAGCGUGCGGGGUGACGAUAGAUCGGAUAACGACCGCUCACAAUGGCCAGAUGAAGUGUUCCCUGUUUGUGGAUGGACGCAGUGCCGAGGGAAUCAUUAACGUCAUAGUGGCAGUGGCUCCCUCAGCGCCGGAAAUUCAAACGGAAACCGAUACGCAGUCCUUCGAGGUAGAUUCUAAGUUGGUUGCCCACUGUUUUACAAAAGGUGGUAACCCGGGUGCUACCUUGGCUUGGUUCUUGGAGGAUGAACCCAUCUACCAAGGGGUCUCACAGCAACAGGAAUUCGAGGAGGAAGGCCAAAAUGGCGUAACGAAUGAGCUGGCUCUGCAUCGGUUCAUUCAGGCUAGCGACAGCGGAAAGAGACUGAUUUGUGAGGCGAAGCACAUUGCCUACCCAGAGGGAAUCUCGCGAACAUUUUUGCAGAUCACCGUGAAUUUUGCCCCGCAAGCCCUCCCGGAAACCACCGUUCACGGGUUGACACUGGGCCGUACCGUGGAUGUCACAUUGACAAUCCGUUCUAAUCCGUCUCCGCGAACCUUCUGGACCGUGGAUGGAGUUGAAAUCGAACAGGGGCUCGAAAGUGGUCGGUUCUCAGCCCGUGUCCCGGAACCAUUGGGCAACGAUGCCUACAAUGUGACACUGACCAUCGCCGGCCUUACACUAGAAGAUCUUACCAAAACGUUCCACAUGCGAGCCUCGAACCGCAUGGGUGCGCAGGACUAUGUAGUAAUGCUGAGCUCAAGCGAGGCCGAAGUUGACGAAUCAGGCGGUGUUGGAAUCGGUGGAAUCAUUGGCAUUGUGCUGGCAGCACUGAUCGUUUUGACAGCGAUUGCAUUGAUCAUUGUUGCACGAGCCACUGGCAGAUGGUGCUUCCGAGGCGCUUCGCUCAACACCGACAUCAGUCCGGACUCGGAGGCCCAGAUAACGCCUCACUCCCACGACGAUGACCUGCACGACGAGAAACUGCAGCAGCAGAACCCGGCCGCCAACUACGAGUCGGACGAAAAGAUGCCACCGCCGAUGACGGUCGGUGGCGGUGGCGGCGGCAACACUGACGGCACCGACGGUGGCGCCCCUCAGAAGAACGGAAAGCACGAGAAUGGCAAGCAGAAAUCGGCAGGAAAGAAGCAGGAAAAUGGAAAAGCCGACAGUAAAACCAAUACCCCGGUGUAGAGCCCCCCACGCGGGUGGGGGUCUGAAAAACAAAACGGAAGAAAGGAUUGACGUUUUCGGACUAGCGAGCGAGGGAUGUUUGAAGGAUUGUGCUUUGAUUCCGUUUCUGUUCUCGUUGCUUUAUUGUGUCGUUGGGACUUGGAAACACAAAGAAUGCGAUGGAGGGUUAAGAAUUAAAUUGAAUAAGACAAAUUGAAUCUCUCUUGAGAUGACGAUGACCUGUUGUCUUUGGUUAGGAAACUUUAAAGUGGGAAAUGCUUACUUGAAAUUACAAUCGGUUCAUUAAAAAAUUGACAUUUUGUCAGCCGCAUUAGUGCGCCACGUUCGGAGACGCAAGUGUCCUUGUUCUACAGCGGCUGCUCCUUUAGUAAGCCAUUAAUGCGAUUUCCGGAAGGAUCAUUUAAAGCCUAGGGUACACUAACGAUUUUACAUAUCAUUUCGCGAUUAUUCAUGAUUCAGCUAUAAACAGAAAAAAUACUCCGUGAAGAAUAAUGAAUUAGAAACGAAUCCUAAUGGAGCAGGUUGGUAUUUUUUUUCAAUCUACCAGUGCUCCACUACCUCUGGUACAUUAUAACUCCCAACGUGCAAUUUUCCCAUACAAAAUUAAUGUUCUUGGCCCAAAAAAAAACGUCAGCAUUAUUCGUCCUAACUUUAAACCGCAAGUAAAAAUGACUUCUGCUAGCAAUGAUAAAUCUUCCGCUUUUGCGUUAAAUUUUACUUUUUCUCAUCCCGGUCCCCAAUACCGCACCAGUCCUGUUUGAAAAAUAACAAUCCUUUUCGCUGUUUCUCACUGCGCACGCGAGUGACAGGACAUCAGCAAGCAAAACGAGGAAAAACCACAAUGAUUAAUAAACACGUGCUGUGCUGCACCAGCGAAAGCCUGUGUUUUGUGGUCGAGUGAAAAAGAACGAAACAUGACCGGACUUCAUCUCCGCGGUCAGUCCGAACAAAGGAAAUCAUUCUUCCAAGCAGAACAAAACGAGAAAAAUCCUAAUUUUAAAACUGGAAAAACACGACAACGACGACGACGCCGACGACUACGAGCUGCCAUUUUUCACACUGACUAUGAAAACGAAAUUAUGAAAGACGUUAAACAAAACGGCACGAGCAAAGUCCGGAGGAAUGAAAAGAACAGCUGAACAUUUUCCACUGGGGCGUUAGAAAACUGCAGACACCGGAGACUCAAAUUGUACUUAAGCUUGGAGGGUAGCGAGAAAGAAAGGCACAAAACUGGAAGGAAAGCGAACAAGCAUUUGUUUUAAUUUUAUUCGUUCAACAUUUUCCCUCCCCCCUGGAGAGUGCUUUUCCCGAAACAGUCGAUUGUUAUUAAAUUAUACGUUAGCUAAACGAAAGAUCUGCGCAUUCCACAGCCACAGGUCGUAUUUAAUUCAUUUUCCUUAAAACAAAGUAAAAUAAAACGUCGUUCUAGGUUUAGGCUAAGCAAGUAGUUGAUUUAGGUAAGCGAAAAAGUAACAAAUCAUCUGCACAAAGUGUCCAUAUUCAGGAGAGCGCUAGCCGUAAAAUAGCAAUCACGAUUUAGUACUAAUAUUUGUAGUAGUUAGUCGAUAGUCACGAACAUAUUUUUAAAGUUUAAGAACUAAAAACGAGAAAAAAUUAGAUAGAUUCUACAUACUUUUUACACUUUGGUUCUACGAUGCGAAAACAACGAGCUCGGAAAUAACCCCAGCGCUCAAAACAAACUGUCACCUUUGAUUAGUUUGAAUUUCUCAACAAUUUUAGAUAUGUUUAAAAUUUUAUUUUACAACCCUCACUAUAUAGGCGUAAGCGAAAUUCAUGUGAUCUGAGUUUUGUUGAUACUAUUAGUAAGAUCUGAUACUACUUAAACACUCGAUACACGUCCACGAAUAUACGUCCUUAGAAAUUCCGCACUGAGCCUUAAAUAUUACGAAACGAAAAUAGGAGUUUUUCAACAACAGAUCAAACGUUCCGUGAAUCCAUGUCAGUUUUAUCCUCAUCUAUUGUAAGAAUUUUUUAUAUCGAAUGGAAUGUACAUAGAACAACAGAUUCUGAAUAAAGUUAGUGAAAAACAAAAUAA